GUAAAGGCUCGCCUGAAACAACAAUAGAAAAUCAGCUGUACGUGAGAUGUGACACCCGCGCAUUGUCUCCAGGUUGUUGAUGUGUCCUGUGGAAGUGAUGGACGGUGACAAUUAUGUAACUGGCAGUGUCAAAGUAUUGUGAUAUUCCCUAGUUUUGUGGAUUUUACUAAACACAAGAGAGAAACACCUUGCGUUGUAACCCAGAAGAGGCUGGUGGGUGCUUUGUGAUAGCGAUGUGCACCACCCCGUGAAGAGGAGGCGUCCAUGCGAGGCGCACUGUGUUACCCAAUACGAGUGUUCAGGUACACUUGUCUCAUGUCAGGCUGAAGUGACUCUGCGCGAAGGGAAGGAAUAUAGAAGAGACGCAGCCAUGAUGACGCAAGAGCCAGUGGACGAUGGGGAGGUGGUGGUAGUCGUGCCGCGGAGGACGGUUCACAUGGACGAGCUGUUCCCUGGCGCCAAGCCACUCACGGACUCCAGCCCCUCUCUCCACAAACGCGAGAUCCUGGCAGCAUGUGUGAUGGGCCUGAGUACUUUCUCUGGGGGUACAUUGGAAGGCUUCACCUCCCCAGCCCUCCCAACUCUUCUUCAGAAAACCAGCUGCCCACAGAAUGCCUCAGAUUUUGACUUGAAUAGUACAGUAGAGGAGCCAUAUUGUGACUCUAUAGGGAGUGGUGCAGUGAAUGGCAGCAUUACUUCAGAUGUGGGAAAUCUUCAUCUCACUGAGGAGGAAGCAUCGUGGCUGGGGUCACUUCUCCUGCUGGGGGCAUGUUUGGGGGCCACUGUAUCGUCUUGGGUCAUCAGUCUGGGGAGGAGGCGGGGAGUGCUUGCCUCGGCUCUCCCUCGUCUUGUUGGUUGGAUCAUGAUGGCUGCAGCAUCUGAUGUGUACAUGAUGUAUGGUGGCAGGUUCAUGACAGGUGUGUCUGUUGGGAUUGUGACCUCAGCAGCUCCAGUGUACAUCAGUGAAGUGGCACAUUCAUCCAUCAGAGGUGCACUGAGCUGUGUGGUGCAGUUAGGAGUCAAUCUGGGGAUCUUCACUGUGGCUUUGCUUGGGACAUUUGUAGGAUGGCAGGGUCUGGCAGCUUUUGGGGCAUUAACUGUAGUGGUGUACUUUUUGGCCACACUCUUCAUCCCUAACUCUCCUGUCUGGCUAGUCUCCAUGGAACGCCAGGAUGCUGCCAGGGAUGUUCUCACUUACCUCCGAGGUCCACAAUAUUGUGUUGAAUAUGACCUUCAGCAAAUGAUCUCCACCAAGGUUAAUCAACAGACAUACAGCUGGAAGGACAUACUAAAACAACGGUCCUGUCUCCUACCACUUGGAGUAGUAGGUCUGGUUACAGUUGUGAACCGCUGCUCUGGCUACAAUGCCAUCAUCACCUACUGUGCUACCUUCCUUCACCAGGCAGUGCCUGCUGUUAGUGAAUACUGGGCUGCAAAUGGUGUCACUCUUAUGCAGGUGUUCACAAGUUCAGGUGCAGUUUUCUCUGUAGAUCAUCUGGGACGCCGCAAAUUACUCAUGGCCUCCAUUUCUGUCAUGGGUCUUGGUCUGGCAACCAUUGCAGUAUGUGAAGGAGUCACCCAAGGUGGAGCAAAGGGCAGCUGGAUAGCAGUGCUUGCUGCAGUAGUGUACGUGAGUGCAUACUCCAUUGGCAUUGGUCCUGUGACUUGGGUUCUGGUUGGAGAAAUGUUCCCCCAGGCAGCACGGGACAAAGCAUCUGCCAUUAUUUCUGUUCUAAAUUGGUUCUUGGCUUUCAUCAUCACCAAGACCUAUUUUAAUCUUGAAAGUGUCACAGGUAUUGCAGGCACAUGUAGCUUAUAUGCCAGUGUAUGUCUCGUGGGUUUGAUUUUGGUGUAUUUUGUAGUGCCUGAAACCAAAGGACACAGCUUAGGAGAGAUUGAAGCCUAUUUCACUUAUUCACGAUACUCCUGGGGGGUGGCCAAGAACAAACACAGCGUGGCACUCAACAGUAUUUUGGAAUGUGAAACUGGGGGUUCAGAUUGUUAUAGUACUUUCCAAAAUGAGUAAUUCUCUCUCUCUCUCUCUCUCUCUCUCUCUCUCUCUCUCUCUCUCUCUCUCUCUCUCUCUCUCUCUCUCUCUCUCUCUCUCUCUCUCUCUCUCUCUCUCUCUCUCUCUCUCUCUCUCUCUCUCUCUCUCUCUCUCUCUCUCUCUCUCCACAAUUUUGUUGGAUAAGUUUGACCAAUUACUUUAAAUUGUGUAACUUUCCAUGUUCAUGUAUGUACAAUAUUAUUUAUACUAAAAUGUCCAAUUUAAAGUACAAUUUUAUCAAAAGGACCACAUAGAAUAGUAUUUGUCUUACGUAAUAAGUUGAACAAACACUCUUUAUUAGAGAAAGACACGGUUUUAGAUUUGGGUAUGGGAUAUAGUUAAUAUUUAAGGAACCAUAUAGAUCACCAUUUUAACUUGUCAGGUUUUGCUGAAAGAUUAAUCUUUAGAAUUCUUUUCAUCUGUAGCCGUACUUUUUUACAAAACUGGACAGAAUUGAGUUUUAAAGAUUAAGAAAAUGUAGACCCAGAUUAAAAUACUUAUUUUCAUAAUAUUCAAUGUUGCAAGAAUGCAAGGUUAACCAAGCAAGAGAUGGGGACUUGUGUUUUGUCUUUCACUAUGCAUGUUUCUCACAUGCAGCUGUUCUGACUCAGUGUCAUGGUUUUAUUGUUUUUGACCUGAUUUAUUUCAGUUGUUUAUUCAUAGCACUUUAUUUUUUUCAUGUUUUUUUUAUGAUUGAUCAUUGCAGAUUUUUUUUUUCUUCCAAUAUGUUAUUGCAGUUGAUUGAAUCCUAAUUUCACCAGUGAAUUUUGCUCUGAUAUAUUAAUUUCAGAAUCUGUUUUAUUUUUUCAUUCAUAGGUUGACAAUUUGUUUUUAACAUGACCAGGUACUCAUAUAUUUUAAGAGUAGGCAUAACACAGCUUACCCUCCUGGUCCUUUCUCUCCUUGUGGUAAUGCCAUAUUCAGUUAGCUUCAUAUAUUGCUGAUUAUUUUGCUCAUAAUUCUUUUUAUUAUUUAAAUGCUCAUGUAUGGCUGGAAAUAAUAUAAGACAAGGUUUUAUACACAGUUAUUCUCUGUCACAUAAUGUUCAGUGAAUGCAUUGAUGAUCAGCUUGUCUCCGUCAAAAGAUUUGGUACCUCAUUUCUCAUGUGAUUAAUGGAUUCAUUGUGACAAGUGAACUGAAAUAAGUAUUGAUUUCAUAUAGAGCCUUUAUUUGGGAUUUUCAAGUUACAUAUAGUUAUUUUUCUUUCAAUGAUUGGUGUAGUUUUGAAUGCACAUGAUUAGUUUAAUUGUUCACCAAGUAAAAUGUAGGUGGAUGAUGAAAGUCAAAUUCUGGUCAUGGAUAUGAAUUAUGUAUUUCUUAAUGCUUGUGAUAUGAAUAUGAAUUUUGUUGGAAGCAGUAUAGAAGGUUUGGGAUGUCUAUUAGUGAGUGGUAAGAGAAUGAACUGAUGAGUGAUGGAGAUGGUCAGUUGUUUGGUAUGUCUAUUAGUGUUAAGAGAAUGAACCCUUGAGUGAUGGAAGUGGUCAAAUGUAGAACAAAUGUAGAAAAAAUGAGAACAAAUGAAAUGACAAAGAUAUAGAAAGAUUGAUUGGAUGCUUUUGAUUGCAGAAAUUCAUUAUAGUCAGGCAUGUGUCUGUAUGUACUUUUUCUUUAUUUUGGGUAAAAGUUUUAAUUCAAACAUAAAUUUUUAAGUAUGUGAUGCUCUUAUGUAGAGCUGGUUGUGAUAGGUCACAUGCAGUUUUAACUCAUAUUGCGCUCAGAUACAUACCUAUAUCAAACAAUUUUCAAUCUCUUCUCUUUUGCAUAAAUUGUCUUUAAAUAACAAAAUUGAGGUAGAACACUACUUGAUUCAUCAUGAAAAUCAGGCUAAUAUUGGUGGUUUAUCUCACUAUCCUCAAAUCCAUCAUUAUUAUCCAUUAUAAUAUUCCACCUACUGUCAGCUAACUCUUCAGUCUUCUUUGGUGUUAGUUUCCUUCUGUGGUGCACCAUGAUGCUGUUAGCUUGAGAUCUAGGAGGAUUGUGGAGCACAUAGAGUAAGCAUCGAUGAGCUCCUCAUAUUUCAGAUACAGUUUAUGCUUUUAUCACAUAUAUUAUGAAAAUAUAUCCUUAUAUAUACCUUGUUAAUGUCUCGUAACUCAAAAAGUAGAUAGCAUUGAGUGACAUAACUGUGAUGCCAAAGCCUAAAGGCCUGUCCUCACUUUAAUUGAACACGGCUUGAUGGGCACUGCUUGUAAUUGGGCAAAAUUCAUAGGCACAGCUGUAGUAUUGUCUACAUGGUGUUGAUCUGUUCUAGUCAAACCUGGAUGACAGUCAGUGUGAAUGGUAAUUUGGUGCAGGCUGAAUCUUGUAAUUUCAUGUUGGCACCAGCACAGGCACUUUUCCUGUGUUUUAGUGGGCAUGGAAAGUAAGCCAGUCAGUGGGCAAGAUGCCUGCCUGUGUUUGCGGCGACUGUUUGAUUGUCUUCACAUGGCUUUACUGAAAAUGUGAAAACAGUGUGUCACCAGCACAAGUGAAAAGACUCAGCAGUGUUACAAGGUUGUGAAAAGGAUGUGUAGAUAGCUGGCAGUCAACCUAUGACAAAGCAAAUUCUAUAUAGAGGUCCUCCCAAUAGAUCCCAACCACAACAAAUAAUUGUCUUUUUCCAAUGUGUGGAAACCACCGGGCUCACCAGGGCCAAUGUGUUAGAGAGCGGUUGCUAUAAUUUUUGUGGCGUUAGAUUAACACCAUUAGUGUUAAAUUAAUGCCAUUAACACUAUAUGGAUUAAAGAAAUAACAUGAAAUCA